GGGAACAAUCACAUCAUGCCGAUAGCUUUUGCCAUUGUGAAGUCGGAAACUGCCGCAUCCUGGAGGUAUUUCAUGAGGAUGUUGAAGAGGUAUGUUUUGGGUGAGCGAAAGGUGUGUAUCAUAUCUGAUCGCGGCUCCGGUAUUAUGAGUGCCAUGGAGGGGCCUGAGUGGGCGGGUGAUACCCACAAGUGGUGUAUUAGACACCUAGUGAGCAACUUCCACAACGCCUUCAAGAAAAAAUAUCUCAAAAAGCUUGCUGAAAAAGCUGGACGCGCAUACCAAGAGCAUAAAAGAGAUCGGUACAUGUCAUUGAUAGAGGCGGAUUCACCUGAGGGUUAUGCGUAUCUUGACCGCCUUGAUGUUAGAAAAUGGAGCAUGAGUGGCGACACGUCUGGAAUGCGGCAUGGUGUGAUGACAACAAACUACGCUGAGUCGGUCAACGCGAUGUUAAAGAACAUUCGGGGGCUCCCUAUCACAGCCAUGUUGGAAGCAAUAUUUAACAAGGUCAAUUCCGUAUUCAUUAAGCAUGUGAACGACUAUAAAAUGUGGUUGGCAUCCGGUUUCAUGUGGACUCCAGUCUGUGCACACAGAAUUGAGACUUGGGAAAAUAAGUCAAAGACUCAUACGGCUUCACAGUUCAACGUGGCACAGAAGGUAUUCAAUGUCUUGACCCAGUGCGACAAUGUAAGACAAAAGGGUGGCAAUACACAGCAAGUUCGUCUACUGGACGGGACAUGCACCUGUGGAAAAUUUCAACAAUGGAAAAUUCCGUGCUCCCAUGCGAUAGCUGCCUGCAACCAAUAUGGAGAGAACUACCGUGACUACAUUUCAUGGUAUUACAAAUGCGAGUAUGGAAUCUUAGCGUGGAGCUCUGUUUCAUUUGAACCCUUAUGGAAUCGAAAUCGUUGGAUCAAUUCCGCUGAAAUUCCAUUUGUUCCUAACAGACAGUGGAUGAGGAAGAAAGGUAGGCCGGUUGAGAGUAGGCGUAGGAAUGAAAUGGACCAGACAUUUAGGGACAGGCGGAAUAGCAACUACUGUAGAAGAUGUCUUACAUAUGGUCAUAACCUUAGUUCAUGUCCUUUUAGAGUUCAGUGAUGUGAGAAUUUCUGUUUCCAUUUAUCAUGUACUAAGGAUGUUGUAAUUCCAUUUGUGUUCUAUUAAAAUUGAAAAUCUGGCAGCUCA